UGGCCUCCAAACAGGAAACGGACGGACGGCAAAUGGGCUACAAGUGUCGCAUAGCAGGGGUGUUGCUACUCCUCUUGACCAGUAUUGCUGCCCUCAUUGCUGUUGCUGUCAUCCAGGACACCUGGAGGUUCAAGGAGUACAGCUUAGAGUAUGGCAUAGUGAUAGACUCGGGUUCGUCUCGAUCCACCGUGUACCUGUACGAGUGGCCAGGAGAGAAGCAGAAUGACACAGGAGUGGUAACGGAGAUAAAGAACUGUAGAGUUGCUGGUGCCGGUAUCUCAGAGAUGAAAGCUGACCCACAGAAAGAUGCAGAGUCGUGGAAAGCAUUCCAAGUCUGCAUGGACAACAUCAUUAAUGCCAUUCCUGCUGCAAAACAGAAUGCCACACCUCUCUACCUGGGAGCUACUGCUGGAAUGAGACUGUUACAUGAGCAGGACGAGAAGAGGUCCAACGCCGUCAUGGCAAGUCUCCGAAAAUACCUAAGUUCUUUGCCGGUUAACUUCAAAGGCGCUUCCAUCAUCACUGGUCAAGAGGAAGGGCUGUAUGGGUGGGUCACUGUCAACUACCUCAUGGGAAACUUAAUCGAGAAAAACAUGUGGAACGCCUAUAUACGCCCAGAUGGGGCAAAGACUGUUGGAUCCAUGGACCUCGGUGGAGCAUCAACACAGAUUGCCUUUGCAAUUACGGAUAAUCUCACAGGCCCAGACUACAUGUCUAUCAAACUGUACGGUUAUCCUUACAAUGUGUACACACACAGUUUCCUCUGCUAUGGCAACAGUGAGGUAGAGAAGAGGAUUCUGGACAAAAUAAUCCAGGAAUCAUCAAACCCAGCCUACAUUAUUAACCCCUGCUUCCCUGAAGGUUAUAACACAACCAUAAAAGCCUCAACCGUUUACAACACAGAAUGCACAAAGAAACCGAGAGGCUACAACCCAGAUCAGGAAUACUUCAUGGUUGGAGUCGCUGACUCAGACAGGUGUUUAAGCAUGGUCAAGUCCAUAUUUGAUUUCGAGACUUGCUCCUCAUCUCAGUGUUCCUUCAAUGGCGUUGAGCAGCCACCUGUCACUGGAGAUUUUAUGGCAUAUGCAGGAUUCUUCUACACUGCUAGGGCGCUGCUGAAAAAUGGCACAGAAGAUUUCAAUCACUUCAAUUUAGAUUUUGAUAAAUUCAAUGCCUCGGUCAAGCAAUUCUGCAACUCACACUGGAAAGUGCUUAAAGAAGAAAAGACAUGGAUCUCUGAUAAAUAUCUUAAGCGUUACUGCUAUUCGGGUCACUACAUGUUCAGUUUGCUGGCAGAUGGAUACAAGUUCGACAAAGUUACCUUUAAAAACAUCAACUUCGCAAAACAGGUAAAGUCAACCAGCAUAGGUUGGAGUUUGGGCUACAUGCUGAACAUGUCCAAUAUGAUCCCAUCUGAAGUGAAAGAAAUCCUCCCCAUGACAAACCCUGUCUUUGCCGGCCUUAUCUUUUUAUUUUCAGCACUAACCAUCGUGACUGUUGUCAUAGUUUUUAUCUUCCUCAUUCGUUCCUGCUUCUGAGAGUUAAACUCUCAGAAAAAUAAGGGGAAAUUAUCUGCCACUGUAAACCUAUGGUGCUGUUGUAAUCCUGUAAGUAGUGUGACAGUAGCAUGUGCAAAGAUACAAAUGAAAAUGUUUUUUUAAUUAUUUUUAUUUUCAGCCUUAGCCAUUUCAAUCCAUAUAGUUUUUUAAAAACUGAAGAAAGAGCCUCACAGUGAGUCCUGUGUAUCCUGCUCGCUUCACAUGAGAGACGAGUUUUCUUGAGACAGUAAAAACACUUCAAAAAAGGUAGCACUGUGGUAAUAAUUUGGUAAUAAUUAGGUAAUAUUUGGAUAACACCAUGUAAUUACCAAAGUAUUGACCAGACAGUAACUUGCUAUGAACAACUAGUAUAUAUGGGUAUGAAUAUUGGACUGAAAUUUAUGUAAGAGGGCAAUAAGGGGCCAACAACAAAGGAUAAUAAGGGCGAAACACAUUAAAAGAUGGUAAUAAGGUAAAACCAUUUAGUAACUGUAAUAUUAUGGUAACAACAUGGUAACCUGAUGGAGCAAUUAGUGUAAUAUUUGUAUUUAAAAUGAUAAUAUAGUGGCAUUAGUAUUAGUAAUAGCCUGAUAAUAAUGAGGUAAUAUAGACUGAUGUUUUCACUAUCUAUAAAGCUAUAGGUUUAACACCUUAAAAAUCAUUCUUGGAAUUCAAAAUUGGCAAUCACCAUAUUAUAAUGCUGUAAAUUAUCCUCCCAUAUGUUCCAUACACCCCCUUCUGUUUCAGGGCAAUACUGAACAAAUGAUCUGUUUAAUAUUGUGACUUGUUACCUGGGAACACUGGUGGUGGUUUCUAUGUAAUAACCAGAAAUCAGGGCUGCAAAAUGCUAAACUACCAGUUUCUACUACAGUCAUUUUCUAAAAUUGAAAACCAAUGGCCAGAGAAACAUACAUGGCAAUUAUACAUUUAAUUUUUAACACCUGGGGAAUUAGUAAUACACAAUUAUCUGUUUUGGGCCCUUUAUUACCCCAUUACAUAAAUUUCAUCCAAUAUAACUCAGAUGUACCCAAUCUUGAUACCAAGCUAAUAUCUGCUUAUUACUUUAGUAAUAAUAAGGUAAUACUCAUGUAACACCAUGUAAUUACCACACUAUAGCCAUGUUAUUACCAUGCUGUAAUGCACUAUGCUAAAAAGUAUUAAAACAUUUAUUUGUUCCUCAGGGAUACUCACAAAGAUUUGAGUGGGUUAGUUUUUCACACUCCAAUAAAUUAAAAUAUUGUUGUUUAACAGGUGAAAAUUAGACACAGUUGUUUACAUGCACCUCACAUAAUUUAGGGCUGCAUUUAGUACCAGCUGUAGAUGGGCAACUGCUGUGUUGUUUAGACAGGUGAAUAAUGAGUUACAGUGAUCUAGAGGGGAGAAAAUGGGGAGUUGUUGAACUAUGUGUCAUGGUAGCACUGGUUUGACCGUGGCAAUAUUUCUGAUUUCUAAAUAAGUUUUAAGACUGUUAAUUUGUUGAUUGAAGUUGAGAUGGCAGUUGAAAACAGUGCUUAGGUUUCUAGCUGCCUGUUUUGUGUUUGUUAGCAGUCCAAUGUGAGGGUAUUAGAAAUAGGAUUUGGGCAAACUACCAGUACUUUUGUCUGUGUUUAGCUGUAGGAAGUUGGAAAACAUCCAGUCUUUAAUGGCAGUAAGGCAGCAGUCCAAAAAGUCCAGGUUAUUGUGGUUUUCAGGAUUGAACGAAUCCUCUAAGUACUAUGCUUGAUCACCAUUCUGUUAUGGUGAUGCAAAAUAUUAAAACAAAGCACAAAAAAAAUAAAAAAAAAUAGAAAAAUACAAAUUUAAGGAGUAAAAUGGCCAACAACAUGGAUAAAUACACCAGACAAAAAGUCAGUGCUCGUUAAACAUCUGUCACUCUAAGUGAGGCUGUUUCGGUACUGUAAACCAGAUUGGAAUUUGCCAAAUAUAUUGUUUCCUAACAUUAUUUCUAAGAGUUGCUUACAAACCACUUUUUCGACAGUUUUUGAGUGUAAAGGCAGCUUAGAUAUGGGACAGUAGUUAUGCUGGAGUCUUGGGUCUAGGUCCAGGCUUGUUCUAAAUAGUCUGGAACAGAGCCAUAUAAACGCGAUUUACCAUGUUGAGAAACCAGGAGGCGAUCACUCUAAAACCUCUUUGAAUAGGGCAGAAGGAAGACUGUCAAGUUUGCAGCCACUGAUAUUAAUACUGCAUACAAUGUCAGCCAAAUCCUUAAGGGUUAUGGGUGUGAGCUUACACACUUAUACACUAGUAACUAAGAGGGUCUGUUGUUCUUUACCAGUGAAUUAAAUACAGAUAAUAAUUCCCUCACUUGUAUUUUGUGAACUGAGUUUCAUGUUUUUCAGCCUACAUUCAGGUCUUCUACAUUCUCUUUUUAGAUUUGUAAUAUUUUCAUGUAUCCAGGGUCUUUGGUUGAAGAUGUGACAUGGCUUCGCUUUUAUGGUUGCUAUUUGGUCAUAGGUUAUUAAGCACAUAGUAUUGAACUAAUUAACCAUGUAAUUUGCAUUGCUGCACUGGGAAAUGCAACAAUGAGCAGUGAAAGCAGCAGCUAAGUCUGCAGAGUUUUUAUUUAAAGCGUGUGUGAACCAUUUUAUGGUCCGAACUCAUUUCUAAACCCAAAGUAAAAGCUAAAUCAGGAGUGUGGCACCGUUCGAGUGUCAGAGAUGAUACAUUCUGCUUCAUAUUAAAAGAUUCACAUGUAGUUAAAAAUUCAGAUGCACAAGAGUUAUUUUGGACGUUGACAUGGAUAUUAAAAUCAUCAGCCAGUAAAAAAUGUGAUCAUAACUGAGAACAACAGAAGAGAUAAAAUCAGAGAAUUGUGAUAGAAAAACUCCUUUUUGUGUUAGGAGGGCAAUAGACGAUAAUACAGCACACAGGGAUAUCAAGAGUAUAUUUGAACAUCAUUACUUCAAAGUUGGGGUUGUUUGUCCACUGAGACUAGGGUACAGUUCAGAUUUAUCUCCAACUACUUCAUUAAGGUUUUUCCCCCUUGUAUUAAAUUUGCAUGUUUAUAUGGGAUCGCACUAAAUGGAUCUGCUUUACUUAAGGUUUUGGGUUGUGUGUGUGUGUUUUUUUUUUUAAUAAAAGCAUCACAGAACACUUGAUUAUACUCUCAUUUCUGACACGAAACAGCGUGAACAAAAACGUAUGUGUGUGUGUGUGUGUCUUUGAGGCGGUAUAAACAUGAUACUCAUUUUCCUUAACACUGUUGUCUUUGCACUGGAGAGAAUUGAACAUGGUUCUCAUGUAAUGCUGUUGGUCCUGUUUUGACAACAGUUUUCUCUAUGUUGAUUGUAUAAUAAACUUUCCUACUACUACCUUGUGUUGCUGUUAUAUAAGAUUGAAGCUUCUGUGCUACAUCUUACACCUCUAUCAUACUGUGUACUUCAUCACCCUCUAGUGGUGCCAUGUCGCUGGUGCAGAACACACGAGAACAGUGUUGACUGUUUGAAAUGUUUUGUUUGUUUUUUUUUAUUGAAAGAUUUGUCUAAAAAGAAAACAAAAAGAAAAAAGAGACAUUUGAAACUACAGCAAUAUCCACUGGUUCUACAGACACUCUCAGAAUCACAAUUUUUGAAAGACAUGGGAGGCAAUGUGACCAAGCAAAUAAAAAAAUAGCAUCAUCAAAGUUAUUUCUGUUGCAUCUUCUUUUACACACCUGUACAAAAAAAUGAUCUCAUAAAUAUUACUUUUUGUUUCUCGCUUUCUCUACUUUCUCCCUUCUCUCAAUAAUUUAUGUUACCAUAGAGGUUUGUAUCUGCUUGAUUUUGGUUGAACCGUUCUUUGUUCUAUGUGUCUGUCUGUUCCUCCGUCAGCUUCCUUUCAUUGGUGGAGGGUCAGGUAGGUGGGGCUUUGAGGGUGUGACCUCAGAGCAGCUAUCAGCCAGGCGAAAGUCCAUUUAUUAUUUUCUCUGUUGGCGUUUGUUCCAUUUAACUCUAUACAAACAAUGCAGAUGCUUAUUUCCAUGUUUUGGGAUGCUUUCAGCUUCAUGGAUGACACAACUAACUGUCUUCAUCUGAACUCAAAAUGGCCAAUUUCUGUCAUUCUGGAGGUGUACCUCUUCCACGCCCACCCAACACAAGACAACCUCAAUCCUCGAUAAUGUAAAGUUAUUUAGCAGCUCACACAUCAAAAGACAAAAAGAAAAGGCAACACAAAAAGAGAAGGAAAAACAAAAUAUCUCUCGUUUUUAGAAUAUACAUGAGCUGAAAUGAUUUUGUUCAACAGAAAAAUGCCCGUUCCUCCAACAGAGGUCAUCGUCUCGCUCACAUUUUAAAUGGCUUGUUUGGCAAGACAGCGGCGUGAAACAGUUUGUUUUUUUUGUUGCUGUUGUUUCUUAGUUUGGAAUUAAACCUAGAGCUAUUUGGAUAGGACUUACAGCCUCUCAGUGUCUACGUCUAGGAUUUGAGAUUGGUCAAUGCAGUCUGAAGACAUGGUUGUUUGGUGUCUACACAGGUUUUCAAAAGUGCACACACCAAUAUUCCACAGGAUUCUAUGCAUUUUCAGCCUCUUUACCACUAAAGUAUAAAAACCUGUUGUCAAUAACAUACCUACCUCCUCCACUUCCCACAGGUCAGUCUGGUCUCUCAACUGAUGUUACGAAUCAUCACCACUUUCGGUCACGUGACAAACAUUCCGUUUGAGGCAGCUGUGUUAAAGACCUACUGCAUGUUUCUCAGUCACUGGUAAAAAUCAUCGCACACACCAACAGCAUGACAAGCAAGAAAAAAAAAUCUCAGUUUCAGAGAUGAAAAAAAAAAAAAAACAAA